AUGCUGUCUCGCAACUCCUGCCGAACGGCUCAGCGCCUCGCCCGUGCUGCCGCCCAACAGCAGUCGUCGUCCGCCGCUCCCUUCGCCGCCCGUGGCUUCGCGACCGUCCAGUCCGACAUCUUCAAGCCCACCAAGUAUGGUGGCAAGUACACCGUCACCCUGAUCCCCGGCGACGGCAUCGGCGCCGAGGUCGCCGACAGCGUCAAGACCAUCUUCAAGGCCGACAACGUGCCCAUCGAGUGGGAGCAGGUCGAGGUCUCGGGUAUCGACGACGCCAGCCCGUCGGGCCGCACCGAGGACCUCUUCAAGGAGUCGGUCGCCUCGCUGCGCCGCAACAAGCUAGGCCUCAAGGGCAUCCUGCACACCCCCGUCGCCCGCUCCGGCCACCAGUCCUUCAACGUCGCCAUGCGCCAGGAGCUCGACAUCUACGCCUCCGUCUCCCUCGUCAAGAACAUCCCCGGCUACAAGACGCGCCACGAGAACGUCGACCUGUGCAUCAUCCGCGAGAACACCGAGGGCGAGUACUCGGGCCUCGAGCACCAGUCCGUCCCCGGCGUCGUCGAGUCGCUCAAGAUCAUCACCCGCGCCAAGUCGGAGCGCAUCGCCAAGUUCGCCUUCAGCUUCGCCCUCGCCAACAACCGCAAGAAGGUCACCUGCAUCCACAAGGCCAACAUCAUGAAGCUCGCCGACGGCCUCUUCCGCAGCACCUUCCACCAGACCGCCAAGGAGUUCCCCACCCUCGAGGUCAACGACAUGAUUGUCGACAACGCCUCCAUGCAGGCCGUCAGCCGGCCCCAGCAGUUCGACGUCAUGGUCAUGCCCAACCUCUACGGCGGCAUCCUGUCCAACAUUGGCGCCGCCCUCGUCGGCGGGCCCGGCAUCGUCCCCGGCUGCAACAUGGGCCGCGACGUCGCCGUCUUCGAGCCCGGCUGCCGCCACGUCGGCCUCGACAUCAAGGGCAAGGACCAGGCCAACCCCACCGCCCUCAUCCUGUCCGGCUCCAUGCUCCUGCGCCACCUCGGCCUCGACGACCACGCCAACCGCAUCUCCAAGGCCAUCUACGCCGUCAUCGCCGAGGGCAAGACCCGCACCCGCGACAUGGGCGGCGAGGCCUCCACCCAGCAGUUCACCAAGGCCAUCCUCGACAAGAUGGAGACUCUGUAA